UCCUGCUCACAGUGACCCUGAUUGGGCAAAACUCCUAUCCUGCCCUGAGCCUGCCAUGGGCACCAGGCUCCUCUGCUGGGUGGCCCUCUGUCUUCUGGGAGCAGAACUCACAGAAGCUGGAGUUGUCCAGUCCCCCAGAUAUAAGGUUAUAGAGAAAAGCCAGGCUGUGACUUUUUGGUGCAAUCCUGUAUCUGGCCAUGCUACCCUUUACUGGUACCGGCAGAUCCUGGGACAGGGCCUGGAGCUUCUGGUUCAAUUUCGCAAUAACGAUGUAGUAGAUGAUUCACAGUUGCCUAAGGAUCGAUUUUCUGCAGAGAGGCUCAAAGGAGUAAACUCCACUCUCAAGAUCCAGCCUGCAGAGCUUGGGGACUCGGCCGUGUAUCUCUGUGCCAGCAGCUUAGACACAGCGGUGCAGAGACACUUCCCUCCUGUGCACGAAACUGCAGGGCUCUCUCCUCUCUAUCAGCUCACAGCGGCCUUUCCUUAUUCCUCAUCCUCCCAGGGAAGAAGCGAACAGACCUUCGUGCAGGAACUGGAAUUGCUGAGUUACUUCUGGAGCCGAUCUAUUAUAGAUGACGCAGGUAUGCCCAUGGAUCGAUUAUCAGCUGAGAGGCCUGAUGGACCAUUCUCUACUCGAAAGAUCCAGCCCACAGAGCAGGGGGACUCGGCCGUGUGUGUCUGUGCAAGUCGCUUAGCCAUAGCACUGCAGAAUCUCCCCCGCCCUGUGCAGAAAUUCUGGUGCUUUCCUCUUUUCCCCACAGCUCCCAGCAAUCCUGGGCAGUCUUUCCUGCGUCACCCUCCCCACAAGAAUAAUUAA